ACGCGCUGUAAAAUCCUGUAAAACUUCGCAACGUAAUGAACGCGCGACGCUUCAGUUUUCCGUCUCACUCCGUGGUACACCAUUAAAUCUGUCGGACACGGUUAGUGAUCGAAGUGUGCUUCUGAACCGGUUCGUUCGUAAAGUAUUUUUUUACAUUAAAUUAAAUUGUGAAUAAAGUAACAAUGAUUACCAGAGGCGUUACCAGUCAUAUUCGAUCUCAAGUUAAGAAACAAUUCAUCUAUUUGUCACUAGCCAGGCAACAAUCAAACACCGCAAAUGUCAACUACAAGCAAGUCCAAGUGGACUAUAAACCAAUCAGAAGCGUAUUGGUGGCCAACAGAGGUGAAAUUGCCAUUCGUGUAUUUCGAGCAUGUACAGAAUUAGGAAUCAAAUCAGUAGCUAUUUAUUCGGAACAAGACAAGAUGCACAUGCAUCGUCAAAAAGCUGAUGAAUCUUAUCUAGUCGGUAAAGGUUUACCUCCAGUCGAAGCUUAUCUAAAUAUUCCAGAAAUCAUUCGUGUUGCCAAAGAAAACGAUGUUGACGCCAUUCAUCCCGGUUAUGGAUUCUUGUCAGAAAGAUCAGAUUUUGCUCAAGCAGUCGUCGAUGCUGGUAUCCGGUUCAUUGGCCCUUCUCCCUAUGUUGUGCAACAAAUGGGUGACAAAGUAGCCGCCCGACAAGCAGCCAUCGAUUCUGGUGUGCCUAUUGUAGCCGGUACCCCUGGACCAGUCACCACGACCGACGAAGCAAUGGAGUUCUGUCUUAAACACGGUCUGCCCGUUAUUUUUAAAGCUGCCUACGGAGGUGGUGGAAGAGGAAUGAGAGUUGUACGGAAAAUGGAGGAAGUGAAAGAAAAUUUCGAACGAGCCAGUUCAGAAGCCAAAGCUGCCUUCGGAAAUGGUGCCAUGUUCAUUGAAAAAUUUGUCGAGAGACCAAGACACAUUGAAGUCCAGUUGUUGGGUGACAAAGCUGGUAACGUUGUUCAUCUUUAUGAAAGAGAUUGUUCUGUUCAGCGUAGACAUCAAAAAGUCGUCGAAAUUGCCCCAGCACCUCAUCUAGACAUUAAGGUCAGAAAUCAAAUGACUGAUUAUGCUGUGAAAUUGGCCAAACAUGUUGGUUACUCCAACGCCGGAACUGUCGAAUUCUUGUGUGAUGAAAAAGGCAACUUUUAUUUUAUCGAAGUAAACGCUCGAUUGCAAGUAGAGCACACUGUUACCGAAGAAAUCACCGGUAUCGAUUUAGUACAAUCUCAAAUCCGAGUAGCCGAAGGAGUCACGUUACCCGAAUUGGGCAUCACUCAGGAAAAAAUUCAACCCCAAGGAUAUGCCAUCCAAUGCCGUGUCACCACCGAAGAUCCCGCUAAAAGCUUCCAACCUGAUACUGGAAGAAUCGAAGUAUUCAGAAGCGGAGAAGGUAUGGGUAUCCGUCUCGAUGGAGCUUCAGCUUUCGCCGGUGCCAUAAUUUCCCCCUAUUACGACUCGUUGUUAGUAAAAGUUAUCGCCCACGCUGCCGAUUUACCAGCCAGUUGUUCAAAAAUGAGCAGAGCAUUGCGAGAAUUCCGUGUUCGUGGAGUCAAGACCAACAUUCCAUUCUUGUUGAAUGUAUUGGAGAACCAGAAAUUCAUCAAUGGUGCCGUAGACACGUAUUUCAUCGAUGAAAAUCCUCAACUGUUCUCCCUUCAACCGUCUAAAAACAGAGCUCAAAAAUUAUUGAAUUAUUUGGGACAAGUGCUGGUCAACGGACCUUCGACGCCAUUGGCAACUGGCCUGAAACCUGCCGAAGUUAGUCCAGCCGUGCCGGAAAUUUCAAUCGAUUACAGCCGAAAAAAAGCCGCCGAAGAAGCUGGAGAAGAGGUAUCAGGACCCGAACCCCCGAAAGGAUUCCGUGAUAUUUUGAAAAAAGACGGCCCUGCUGCGUUCGCCAAAGCUGUUCGUGAUCAUAAAGGACUAUUGUUGAUGGACACCACGUUUAGAGAUGCUCAUCAAUCGUUACUGGCCACUCGAGUCCGAUCCCACGACUUAUUAAAAAUCUCUCCUUUCGUGUCGUAUAAAUUCAACGAUCUGUAUGCGUUGGAGAACUGGGGAGGUGCAACUUUCGACGUAGCUUUGCGAUUCUUGCACGAAUGUCCUUGGGAAAGAUUAGAAGAAAUGAGGAAAUUGAUUCCUAAUAUUCCAUUCCAAAUGUUGUUGAGAGGUGCUAACGGAGUUGGUUAUACUAAUUAUCCGGAUAAUGUUGUCUUCAAAUUUUGCGAAUUGGCUGUACAAUGCGGUAUGGAUAUAUUCCGUGUUUUCGACUCGCUGAACUAUCUUCCAAAUUUGAUCGUUGGUAUUGAAGCUGCUGGCAAAGCUGGCGGUGUUGUUGAAGCCGCUAUCUCUUACACCGGUGAUGUUUCCGACCCAACCAAAACUAAAUAUGACCUCAAAUAUUACCAAAACUUAACUGACGAACUGGUCAAAGCUGGAACCCACGUUUUGUCCAUCAAAGAUAUGGCUGGUUUAUUAAAACCUCGUGCUGCUAAAUUAUUGGUAUCCGCCUUGAGAGAGAAACACCCAGACUUACCUAUCCAUAUCCAUACCCACGAUACCAGCGGUAAUGGUGUAGCCUCCAUGUUAGCCUGUGCCGAAGCUGGUGCCGAUGUCGUCGAUGUUGCUGUCGAUGCCAUGAGUGGUUUGACGUCGCAGCCCAGUAUGGGAGCUAUAGUAGCUUCAUUGCAGGGAUCUGAACUUGACACGAACAUGGACUUAAAGAACGUAUCCGCCUACAGCGCUUACUGGGAACAAACUAGAACUCUUUACGCUCCAUUCGAAUGUACAACCACAAUGAAAUCUGGUAACGCCGAUGUGUACUUGAAUGAAAUUCCCGGAGGACAAUACACCAACUUGCAAUUCCAAGCUUACUCUUUGGGUCUUGGAGAUUUCUUUGAAGAUGUCAAGAAGGCGUACAGAGAAGCUAAUUUAUUAUUAGGAGAUAUUAUCAAGGUAACGCCGUCUUCUAAAGUCGUUGGUGACUUGGCCCAAUUCAUGGUACAAAACAAACUCACCGCUGAUCAAGUGAGAGAAAAAGCCGAAGAAUUGAGUUUUCCGAAAUCCGUCGUUGAAUUCUUACAAGGAUCUAUUGGAGAACCUUACCAAGGAUUCCCUGAACCAUUCCGAUCCAAAGUACUGAAAGAUAUGCCAAGAGUAGAAGGAAGACCUGGCCAGAGCUUACCACCGUUUGAUUUCAAUAAAUUGAAAACUGAUUUAUCCGAUCGUUUCUCCGAUGUAACCGAUAAAGAUGUAAUGAGCGCAGCUAUGUACCCACAAGUCACCGAAGAAUAUUUAACAUUCCGCGAACAGUUCGGACCCGUUGAUAAAUUAGAUACGAGAAUUUUCUUAGUCGGGCCAAAAGUUGGAGAAGAAUUUGAAGUAACCAUUGAGAAAGGAAAAACGCUGGGAAUCAAAACCCUCGCUUUAGCCGAAGACUUGACGCCAAACGGUGAAAAAGAAGUAUUCUUUGAACUGAAUGGACAAUUACGUUCAGUUUUCAUCCAAGACAAAGAAGCAUCAAAGGAAAUGCACAUCCACCCCAAAGCUUCAAAAAGUGACAAGAAUCAAGUAGGCGCUCCCAUGCCUGGAUCCGUAAUGGAAGUCCGAGUGAAACCCGGAGAUAAAGUAGAAAAAGGCGCUCCUCUAGUUGUAUUAUCGGCCAUGAAAAUGGAAAUGGUUGUACAAGCUCCUAAAGCCGGCAUUGUUAAAUCCGUCGAUGUAUCAGUAGGCAUGAAAUUAGAAGGAGACGAUUUAUUACUAUCGAUCGAAUAGGUAAUCACUUUCCAAUCGGAAUAUCCGUUCAGGUUUGUAUCAACGAUAAAUACCUAUACCUAGUCAUGGAAUUUUCGAAAUUAAGAACAAAACUUCCUCUUCAGAUCAAAUAGGUGGAAUUUGUUUCGAUAUCGUGGCUGCGUUGUUUACCAUUUUGUUUAUAUUUUGUUUUUUUAAAUUUACAUUCCAUUUCUUGUAUUUUAUAUGAACAACUGUUUUCUUUAAUGCUUUGAGCAUUUAUUAAUUUUGCUCGUUAAUCCUCAUCGAAUUACCUAUUAUCGCGAUGCUUCGUUAAUUUUCAAUUUACGCAUUUUUACGCAUUACCUACCUAAUAAAUAAUAUAGCCUAAUUAACGCGCGUUUGAUGGUGAAAAAAAAAACGCAAAAAGCGUAUCCAUCAUUAUCUUCCGUUGGUUACCUAAAAUUGGAAAAGUUACGUUUAUUUGCAAUAGUUACCAAAUUUUUCCACUACCCCAAUCAAUUGUAAGUUACUAAUAAGAUGAAAUAACGUGUUUAAGCUUUUUGAAUCGAUUCAGUCGACGAAAACUCUCAAGAAUUAUCAUGUUGUCGGUACAUGAUUCUGUGAUAUGCACCGAAACUAAUGUACAUUGUAUAUUUUUGUAAAAAAAAAUAAAUUGAAUGAUUAAUUUAUUACAAAUUGAUGAAAAUCUUACGUUGGAAUCAAUUUUUUUCAAUACACUCGUUUUAAGAUUAAUGUUAAGUCGAAAAUUAAUGUGGUGGAUAGAGCCAGGUAGUGGAGGCAAAUAAGAAAAAGAAAAAACAUUUUUGGCUACCCAAGCUUUUUAUCCCCACAAAAAUUUUCAACCCUCUACCUUCAUAUUUACCCCUUAAAACGGUGUAAAAAUGUGUCUUAGGGAGGAUUGGGGUAAAAUGGGAAUUUUGGGGAAAAUAACUAAGUAUUAAUGAGUAGGGUAUCGUUUUCUCAUGAUUCGAUACCGCUGAGCACGAAUAUGUUGUCAGAUUUUUUGCUACACUCAUCUAGCCUUCUCCAGAGCACUUAGGCCCCUCAAUUUUUACUAUUAUUAAAAUGCAUAAAAUGAGUUGAAAAACGCUACUUUGAGGGGUAAAUAUGAGGGGAGGGGAUUGAAAAUUUUUGUGGGGAUACCUACUAAAGAUAUACAUAGCAUACUGAAAAAUUUUCAAAAUCGGUUGAAAUGGGGCUGAGUAAAGUGUUAUUGAAAUUUCAGAAAAGGGAGGGUCCCCCAAAAAGGGGAGAUGGUGUGGAUCUGAAAUUUUUCACGCGGUAGUUUUUCGAUGGUAUCCACCUUCUAUGCUAGUAUCAACCCGAACGCUCUCGGGGGCCAUUUCACCCCUCAUAUGCGCCGAUAACUUUUUUUGCAUUUUUUAGAAAACCUCUCAUUUUUGAAUGGUUCUUGGCCCACCUCCCCUAGGGGUAGAAGGACAGUUGAUAUAUCACUAGAUCGGAAAUUUGACGUAUAACACAAAACUAAAGCUGUUUUCUACGUAAAGUCACCCCCUGAGGAUAAAACUGCAAAAAACCCUUUUUUGGGGGGGGGGGGUUCAACCCGCCGGGGGUCUGUGGGGUGGUAGUUCUCAGGAAUUAUUCAGGGGACCACCCCUGACAAUUUUUCAUCAUAAAAGCUUGGGUAGCCAAAAAUGUUUUUUCUUUUGAAAUAUGAUGCUAAUUUGCCUCCACUAAGGGUUUCCAGCAAUGUUUAAGGGUAAGGUGCCCUAAUAUCGACCACCAGCCGAUUUCGGCUCCAAAUGCGUAGACUUCCGCGGAAAAAAUAUUUCCUACCGUAUUUUUCACAGACAAAUCGAUUGAGACCAAAAUCAAAGCUCUAAAGCCAAAAUUCGCAAAAGUAUUCACAAAAAACGUUUUCGAGAAGUCAAAAAAAAGUUGAGUGUUUUUUCAAUUCUGUAUUAAAGGGUAUUCCUGGUUAAAAUAGGUGAAAUGGCCCUGCUCCCAGAUUUGGAAAAUCAUGAUGGAUUACUGUUGGGUACCUCCAAUAAAAAUUUUCGAGCGGAAUUUUCGCCCCCCCCAACCCAGCCCCUUGGUUAGUAUAGCCAAAAAACGCGUUUUUUGCGCGAAAAAUUCGGUAUCCAUGAGUGAUGGGGAUAAAAUUCUGGUACCACGCGGAAUGUGUAGGGAAAGCCUGGGCCUUUCAACACGGUUUUUUUCAAAAAUUUGUAUCACAGUGGUGGGGGUAAAAUUGACAAAAGAAAACUUUGAACCGUCAUAGCUCCGGAUUGAAGGGUGGAACACAAAAACUGUUUUCACAAAAAUGUGUCUUUUUACAAGUACUUUCUUCCUGUCAAUCCAUAAAAUUAAAAUUUUCCUGCAAAAGGUUCAUAUUUGCAAAAAACCCAAAAAAUAAGCGUUUUUUGCGUUUUUUUGCAUAAUUUCGUGUAGGUAUUCGUGAAUUUUUUUCAAACUCUUUUUUAAAGAGUCUCCUAAAUCCGACCACCACCGCUCAUCAUUAUGCAAAUUUUUUUUUUAUCUGCCUUUAUCCAUCAAUUAUGCCGAAAGAACCUAAAACUCGGCAAAAAUGGUCCCUUUCUGUGGGUGGUGUUAUUCUAACGACCAAAAUGGCCAAAUCUGGAUCAAGUGUACGAAGUGCUUUUCCUGGGCUCACGAGGUCUGCGAUACCGCUGUUGAGGAGGCCUCAAAUUAAAAAAAAUAUGUGUGCUCGUAUAGUUUAAAUUAAUUUUAAUCUUUGUGGUAAAUUGCUUUAAUUAAUUUGAACUCGUUUUGUCAAUUAAAAUCUUUUUUUUUUUUAAUAAUCACAUAGUCCUUUUUAUCCAUUUUAUAGGUGGUCGAUAUUAGGAGCACUUUUUUUCAGUAUCUAAAUUUCGCACUUUUCAGAAAAUCGAUCGGCAAACAUCGAACGAAAAAAAAUUGCGUGUUCAAAUUUUGGGGGGUAAAACUAGAAUAAUUGGCGGUCAUUUUGAGCCAUCAAUGGGGUUUCUACAUAAAUUUGGGGCUGAGUAAAUUGAAAAAUCAAAAUGGUGGUCGAUAUUCGGGUACCUUACCCUUAUCAAAACGGUAACAAUGCAUUUUUUUAAAAUUUUAAAUCAAUAUUCUUUCAAUUCCAAAUUAUAAGAUAGGUAUAUGUAGUAGAGCAUUUUUGUUUACGUUUAAACAAAAACUUUCUGUGAUAAUUGUUUUUUGUUUUUUUUUUGUUCUUUUUUUUUCAUUUUACUUACCUUUGUUUUUUGAUAUAGGCGAGAAAAGUCUUGUAAGCCUAAAUUAAUUUGGUAGGUAUGUUUUCUAUACGUUUUUUUGGUUCUAUUUUAAAAGAAAUUUUUAAUGUAUUGUGGUUACCUUUUUAAUGUGUACUUACAUACCAUGUUGGUAGAUUUAAAAGUUUAAUUUGUAUUAUUGGUGAUCAAUUUUAAAUUUUAAAGAAUAAGAUGUAAAUAAGUCGUAAAUUUAGGCCAACGAUGUUAAUUCUAGUUACCAAAAUAAAUAUGUCGUUUUUCGUUUAUUA